AUGUCCAAGACAGUCGAGGUUGACGGCAAGCCGACAACGGACUUUGUCGAGGUCGCCACACCCAAGGCGACUGCCGCCGCUGCGGACGCCUCGCCUGCGCCCGCCAAGGAGGCCAAGAUGGUCUCGCUUACCAAGCUCUUUACGUUCGCCGACUCGACGGACAAGUUGCUCAUGGCCGUCGGCACGGUCGCCGCCAUGUUCACGGGCGUCUCGCAGCCGAUCCAGAUCAUCUUCUUUGGCGACAUCCUCAACGCGUUCAACCCGUCGCAGGUGUCGUCGUUGAGCGCCGACGACCUCCGGACCAGCAUCAACAAGGUCGUGGUCCAGUUCGUCUGGCUCGGCGCGCUCGUGCUUCUCUGCGGCUUUGCACAAAUCGCUUGCUGGUCGAUCGCGGCGUCGCGCCAGGCCAAGCGCCUCCGCCACGCCUAUGCGUCGGCCAUUCUGCGCCAGGAGGUCGGCUGGUUUGACGUCAACGAACCCAUGCAGCUCGCAACCCGCGUCGCCGACACGACGCUCAUCAUCCAAGAAGGCAUGGGCCGCAAGGUUGGCGACGGCAUCAAUUUUACGACCAUGGCGCUCUCGGGCUUUAUCAUUGCCUUCUGCUACGGCUGGGAACUCGCCCUUGUCCUCUUUGCGUUCACGCCGCUCAUCGCUGCGAGCGGCUACUUCAUGAUCAAGGCGAUCGCGUCGGCGACCCAAGGCGGCAUCGAGUCGUACGCCGAAGCCGGUGGUGUCGCCGAAGAGUCGCUCAGCAACAUCCGCACCGUGCACAUGUUCAACGCCAUGAGCCGCAUGGCCGACAAGUACAAGGCCGCCCUGCGCAAGACCGAGGUCGCCGGCGUCAAGAAGGGCCUUGCGGUCGGCCUUGGCACUGGUGGUAUGUUCUUUGUCGUCUUCUGCACGUACGCUGUCGGCAUGUACUACGGCGCGGUCAAGAUCACGAACGACCAGAUCAACGACAAGUGUGUUGGCAGCGGCUGCUACGACGGUGGUCGCGUCAUCACCGUCUUCUUCUCGAUUGUCAUGAGCUCCAUGGCGCUCGGCCAGGCCGGCCCGAGCGCGCAGGCCAUGUUCUCUGCCCGGUCCGCGGCCUACGAUGUGUUUGAGCUCAUCGAGCGCGAGUCCAAGAUCGACGCGAGCUCGGACGAUGCCGGCACGGUCCUGCCGACGGUCCAGGGCGAGAUCGCGCUCUCCAACAUUUCGUUUGCGUACCCGUCGCGGCCCAACGUCCAAGUGUGCGCGGGCUACUCGUUGCACAUUCCGGCAGGCCAAAAGAUUGCGCUCGUCGGUGCCAGCGGCAGCGGCAAGAGCACGAUCGUGUCGCUCCUCGAACGCUUCUACGACCCGCUCUCGGGCACUGUGACGCUCGACGGCCACGACAUCAAGGACCUCAACCUCAAGUGGCUUCGGUCGCAGAUCGGUCUCGUGGGCCAGGAGCCGUGCCUCUUUCAAGACUCGAUCGCCAACAACAUUCGCCACGGCAAGCCGGGUGCGACGCUCGAUGAGGUGUUUGCGGCUGCCAAGCAAGCCAACGCGUACGACUUUAUCAUGGGGUUUCCCGAUGGGUUUGACACGGAAGUCGGCGACCGCGGUGCGCAGCUCUCGGGCGGUCAGAAACAACGUAUUGCGAUUGCCCGCGCGAUCAUCAAGAACCCGAGCAUUCUGAUUCUGGACGAAGCGACGUCGGCGCUCGACACGGAGAGCGAGCACAUUGUGCAGGCGUCGCUCGAUCAUCUGGUGGCGUCGGGCAACCGGACGACGAUCAUCAUUGCGCACCGUCUCUCGACGAUCCGCAAUGCCGACCGCAUUGCGGUGCUUGAAGCUGGCAACGUUGUCGAAGAAGGCACGCACGACGCGCUUCUGCAGCUGCCGCAUGGUCUCUACAAGACGCUUGUUGAUGCGCAGAUGAAGAAGGUCGACAUGGACGAAGACCUCGACGACGAGCUCUCGCCGGCGCCGGUGACGGCCGGUCGCAACCGCCUCCACUCGCGCUCGCGCCAGUUUUCGCGUGUGAGCCACCAAGAGUCGGCCAAGCACGACGAUGCCGAGAGCGACGCCGAGACGGACGUGGAGGCCGCCAAGGACGUGCCUGUCUCGCGCAUCUGGAGCUUGAGCAAGCCGGAGAUGCUCAACUUUAUCUUUGGUGGCAUUGGCGCGGUCCUCAACGGCGCCGUCUUCCCUAUCUGGGGCGUGCUCUUGACCAAGUGCACGGUCCUCUUCUUCAAGCUCGACAGCACCUCUGACGCGAUGCGGCACGAAGCGUCGCUCUGGGCCGCGGGGUUUGCGGGUCUCGGCGUCGUCUUUUGCGCGGCGCUCACGCUCCAGAACCACCAGUUUUCGAUCGCUUGCGAGCGCUUUACGUCGCGCAUUCGUGGCUUGUGCUUUGAGGCGAUGCUGCGCCAGGACAUUGGCUGGUUUGACGACGAGAAGCACUCGUCUGGCUCGCUGACGACGCGCCUCGCGACCGACUCGGCUGCCAUCCGCACCAUGACGGCCGAGACGGUCAACGUCGUCCUCGUCAACGUCUCGACGUUGGCCGUUGCCUUUGGCAUUGCGUUUUCGCAGAGCUGGCAAAUGACGCUCGCGCUCCUCGGGGUGUUCCCUAUCAUUGGCUUUGGCGCGUUCAUCCAGAUGCAGUCGAUGGGCGGCAACACGGGCAAGAACGUCAACGACGGCGACAUCCGCGCCGGCGCGCUCCUCUCGGAGGCGAUCAACUCGAUCCGAACGGUCGCGUCCUUCUGCCUCGAGAAGACGACCAACGAAGCGUACCUGACCUUUCUGCAGCUCUCGCCGACCACGGACCACAAGGUGGGCAUCUUGGCGGGUGUCGGCUUUGGCGUCUCGCAGAGCUGCAUGUUCUUUGCGAUGGCGUUCCUCUUUUGGUUUGGCGGCUGGCUCAUCAUCCGCGGCGACGUCGACUUUGAACGCAUGUUCCUCGUGCUCAACCCGAUCUUGCUCUCGUCGUUUGGUGUCGGCAUGGCGGCCCAGGGCUUUGGCGACAUGGCCAAGGCCAAGAAGGCGGUCGGCAGCAUCUUUGGCAUCAUCGACCGCGUCCCGUCCAUCGACUGCUCGGCGUCGAACGGUCUUGUGCUUGACGAGGUCAAGGGCGAGCUCGAAUUGCGCCACGUGUGCGAACUCGGCACGCACGACGAGCUGGUCAACCUCCCGAACGGUCUCUACGCCAACUUGGUCGCGCGUCAGAUGCAGCAUUAAGUUUGUGGCUUUAUUAAUCUGCGCGUAUAUGCAUUUCUCACUUUUCCG